AUGAAUAUCAUUUUGCAGCAAGCUUUCACUCGUGUGUAUGAUGCAGUGUUAGCAAUUGCCAACGGACUUCACAAAAUUCUUUACGAAGAGAAAGUAUCUUUCGAACUUCCUACUUUCCAAAAAGGAAGUUGCGCAGAUUCUGUCAAUGAGUGGAAGUGGGGUAGAAAUUUGUUGGAAAGUAUUCUCAAUUUGAAUAAUGUUAAUGGAAGUUUAGGACCUUUAAAGUUCACGAAAUUUGGUUAUCAUUAUCUGACCAAUUUUGAUAUAAAAAAUCUUCAAGUCAAAGGUUUCGUUAAAGUAGGAAAAUGGUUAGAAAACGAAAAAAAAUUGAAAAUUAAUUCAGAAAUCAUAUUUCCUGGGCAAACUUCAAUACCUCCUAAUGAUUCUCAUCGAAAUCUUUACGGAAGAACACUUAAUAUUGGAAUAAUUAUAGCUGAGCCUUUCACAAUGAAAAAUUCGUAUUAUAAAGAAGGCGAUCCUAUAACUUCCAAAUAUGAAGGAUUACUCAUAGAUCUUCUUUUAAAAUUACAAGAAAUGCACGAUUUUAAAUUUAAAUUUUACGAAAUUGAACAAUAUGGAAAUGAAAAUGAUGAAACAAAAGAAUGGAAUGGGUUAGUUAGACAGUUAAUGGAUAAGAAAAUAGAUUUGGCCCUAGCUCCCUUGACGAUAUCUUGGAAAAGACAAGAAGUUAUCUCCUUUACAGCUCCUUACUACGAUUUAGGUUUGGCUAUAUUAAUGCCAAAAUAUAAUAAAAAAACUAACGAAAAUUAUUUUGCGUUUUUAUCACCUUUCGAAACAACAGUGUGGCUUACCAUUGCUGUGUCGGUGAUUUUUACUUCCCUCGUGCUCGCAAUAUGUGUAAAUUUAACACCAAAUAAUUUUAAAAAUAGAAGAAAGGAAAUAAGAAAAACAAAUCAAAGCGUUAGAGAUUCUUCUUGGGUCACUUUUCCACAAGCACUUUGGUGGAGCUUCUCGUCGCUUGUAUCCCCGGGAACAGAAUUUGAACAGAAAAACAAUCUUCCCGCAAGAAUUAUAAUGGUGACUUGGUGGUUAACUACGGUUAUUCUUAUUGCUGCAUAUACAGCAAAAUUGGCAGCAUUUAUGACAGUCCAGAAUAUGAAACAAGAAAUUAAUUCUUUGGAAGAUUUAGUGAAAUUGAAUACAAUUUCAUUUGGAACUCUGAAAGAUUCUUAUGUUGAAAACUUCUUCGCCAACAGUCACUAUGAAAUGCAUAAAAUAGCUUACAAAAUGAUGAAAAAUUAUAAUACGUUCAUAAACGAUACUCUCGAGGGCAUAGAAAGAGUUAGAGCAUCGUAUUAUUUACCAGAAGGUCACAAAGAUCGUUUUGCUCUUAUUUCUGAUUCUCCACUUGUGGAUUACGCUGCUAUGCAAAGGCCAUGCAAUGUCGAACGAGUUGGAAGACUUUUUGGAUUACAAAAUUACGGAUUUGGUUUGCCGAAAGGUUCCCCAUUCGAGAAACUAUUUACAUCAUCUAUUUUAAAGCUAAGAGAAGAUGGUUAUAUGGAUCUUUUGAAUAAAAGAUGGUUUAUUAAUAAUUGUCCAGAUAAUAUAAUAGGAAGCGAAGAACAUCAAAUGGAUAUUAAAAAUUUAUCUGGUGUUUUUCUGUGUUAUUUGGGAGGUCUAACUGCGGCACUUUUGUUCGUAGCUGUUCUGUGGAUAAGAGAAAUAACCAAGAGCAAGAAGAAAGUAGCUGUUUCAAGUAAUCCAGAUCGUAGUUUUAUAUCGUAAGAGGACUCUUGUGGAUGAAUAUCCUUCACUUUCCUUUUUGAAAAGAUCAGCAUUAAAUAAGAAGAAUAUAAAAAUAUUUUCUGAAUGAAUUCAGUACUAAAGAUUUAAAAAAUUGUAGUUGUUCUAAUGAAAUAUAUUUUUAUCGUACAAACAAAAAGAAAAGAAGAAAAUAAUAGAAAGUACUAUACAAUUUUCAAUAUGAGAAAAUAUGCAACUAAUAUUCAUCACUUGAUUUAUGUCUCUGAUUUUGUAUACUGCGCCUGUUUUUACUGACUCCGUCAACAUCAUUACCAGCAGACAACAAGGAGUAUUCUGCUGAUCAUUUGAAAAAUGUUUAUGCAAUCAAAUAUGACAAUGCUAUGCCAUUUUAUUUGUGUGUUAUACUUUUUGAAGAUAAGUGUUUGCAAUUCGGAGUUGUUCGAUAAAGCUGUUAUAUUCGAUUUCUCCCUCUUGGAAAAGCCAAUUACUACCUACAAAGCUCCGUACAUGUAGAGAAAGCGAGAAAGCAGACAAAAAGUGCAUGAGUGAAACGACUAGAUAAUAUAAGACAAAUGUGUUUUGAAGACAAACUUAUUUUUAAGUUACACUUAGGUGUUGCCGUUGUAUUCUACAACAGUUUAACUAGAUAAACUUUAAUUUAUAUCAUUUAAAUGUCACAAACGUCUACAAUAAUAAUUUUUAGUAUAUUAAGUGUUUAUCAUGAUAUUUUCCCAGCUAGACUGUAUUCAUAUAAAACUAUUGUGAUUUCUAUUUGAGUAUGCGAUUGCAUACUCAAAGAUUAUCCAAACUCUGCAUCAACCCUAGUAAACUGAUUACCAAGUCAAUUACCCAACAUACUCUCUAAUGUCAAUUGUAACCAACAAUCAACCAUUCUAAGGACUGAAGAGGGGUCAUUAAGACCCGAAAUGCAUUUCCUUUAAUAAAUCAACUGUUCCUUGUGUUAUGUGUUACUGAAGAAAGAAAACCAGUAGUUUUUAAUUCUUUAAAGUCUACAUUUUUGUAACCAGUAACCAGUAACCUAAUUAAAAACCAGUAACGGAAACCUAAUUAAAAAUAUUGUCAUUUAAACUUACUUAAAGGUCGAGGGGAUGGGGAGAUAGUGGGGAUUCGUAGGUCAUAUUCUGUGUGUUCAUAGCCUAUAUAAAUAAAUAAAAUACUGUCUACUAAUUCUUCUUCACUCAUAAAUGCAUAUGCCGAUUAUAUUAAACUUGCCAAUAGCUAUCAUCUUUUAUUACAACCGAUAUUAAUAAAGUGACUACUGUACUUAAGAAGUUAUGUUUACAAAUAAACUCUAGCAAGACUAAAAUAAUGAUCUAUAGCCUGGUAAGUGCACCAAGUUGCAAUACCUUUUUUUAAUUGAUAAUCGAAGAUUGGAAAUAGUUGACAGAGUUCAGGAUUUAGAUAUACAGGUAUACCUCGCCUUACGUCUGUAAUUGGUUCCAGGAGAGGCGACGUAAGUCGAAUUUACUUGUUUCCGAA